UGUUGAUAACACAUGCAUUAGGCACAAGGAGACAUAAUGCAGGGGUAGGAGAGUCUGGUUUAAAAAAAAAAGGAUGCCGAAUUGCUUUAUUGUCACAGUCAAGACAAAGUGGGCUUGAUACCUGUCUCUUGCUGAAUUAUGACUGACUGGUGUCUCUUCACUGGGUUGGCUUACUUAAUACAGGUGUGCCACGCCUCACCUCACAGAACAUGGCUUGGAGGUAUAUAACCUACCGUUUGUGCCUGCAUUUAAUGCUCCUGCUGUGGGUUUCAGCUGCAUUACCUGGAUUGACACUUUCCACAAGUAUAAAUUCAUCUAAACGAGUGUCUUGGUUUGGUGAAUCAAAUCUCAAGAACACAACCACUCUCCUCCUGAGUGAGGACAGUAACACUCUUUAUGUGGGAGCAAGGGAUUCAGUGGUGUUUUUAGAUGUGAGUCAGCCUGGAACCUUGAAACUCCAAAACAAGCUUAACUUGAGUCCUUCAGUGGAGGAAAUAGCUGAUUGCACAAAAAAAGUGGACAAUCCAAGGUUAAAGUGCUCUAACUUCAUCCGGAUCCUUCUGCCGCUGAACAAGACUCAUUACAUCAUUUGUGGGACCAAUGCAUUUAAGCCCACCUACAUGUAUUUUGACCGAAAAACAUUUACAAUAACCAGACCAGGAGAUGGCAAAAGGCCCAAUGCUAAUGGAAUCUGUCCUUUUGACCCUUAUCAAAAACACACAGCAAUCAUAGCGGGAGGAGAACUUUAUACUGGUUUAAUGGGAGAUUUUCAAGCAAACUUGCCUGUCAUAAGGCGAUCAUUGGUUACUGAGAGCAGAAAAUCUUUGAAUAUCGAAAUGUGGCUAAAUGAUCCUGACUUUGCUGGAUCCUUUUCCUUUCCUGAAAGAGACCCUGAGAGCAGAGUCUACUUUUUCUUCAGUGAGGUGGGCAAUGAAUACACCUUCUUCGAAAACAUCUUUGUGCCACGUGUUGCCCAAGUCUGCACGAAUGACAAUGGCGGUACCCUGAUACAACAGAACAUAUGGACUACAUUUGCCAAGGCCGAGAUUAGGUGUCCGUCAUCAAAGAAAUUACCCUACAAUAUCAUCCAAGAUAUUUUUGCACUAACUCCCUCCAAGAACGACUCCAGUAAUGAGACUCUUUUCUAUGGUAUCUUCACUUCUCAGUGGCCUGAAUCUUUUGGGAAAUCUGCUGUCUGUGCUUUCAGAAUGAACGACAUCAAGGCUGUGUUUACAGGUGGCUACUUGAAAUUCAACAAAGAUACUCAGCGUUGGGAUAGAGAAACUAGACAAGAUGUUAGACCAGGAACGUGUGAACAGAAGACAGAUAAUACGAUCUUCGAACUAAAGGAUAUAUAUCUGAUGGACUCCUUUAUUCGUCCAGUAGGACAUAAGCCAAUUUUGGAGUCUUAUGAGCAUCUCUACAAAAAAAUCACAGUGCAGAGGGUCAAAGCAGCAAACAUGAAGACCUACAUAAUUUUAUUCCUUCUGACUGAAUCAGGUUCUUUACACAAGGUGGUGAUGGAGGACGGAGAAAUACGCUUCAAUGAGACGAUCCAGCUGUUCACUGAGCCACAGCCUGUUACAAGCCUCCUACUGUCAUCUGAAAAGAGUGCUGUGUUUGUGGGGUCAUCAGAAGGCAUUUUCCAAAUUAAUAUACAUAGUUGUGCCUCCUACCAAAGCUGCAUUGACUGUGUACAAUCCAAGGACCCAUUCUGUGGCUGGGACUUCAAAUCUAAAGUGUGCACAACUGGCCAGGUAGAAACUGUCAAAGACCAAAAGUGCCCUUCUACUGUAGAUCCCGCCAAAGGCAGUUCAUCUGCUGGAGUGACCUCUUCAAGUUCAAUCAUGAUCUCUCUACUUAUACUGUUAUCACAGAGACUGUAGAAAUAACUCCAGGACAGUCAACUGCAGAAUUAGUUAAGAUGAUGGAAUUUGUUCACUUUCUUUGUUUUGGAAUUUUGUGGACCUUUAAAAAAUGUAAUCUAGUCUACCUUGUACAAGGAUAUGAGAUGAUGAAAGCACAAAAUGAAACAAGUUCAUGUCUUCUGUGAAAUCUGCCUAGGGACUUAUUUUAUUGACAAGCGUCUUCCAAAUAUUCUCAAAAUGCACUUUUCACUGUGAUCUGUUUUAAUUUACUGUUUGAUGUCUGAUCUACCAUUUAUUUCUGAAAAUUUUAUAUAUGCAGUUAAAGGGCACAAUAAGAUCCAAAGACCCGAAAAACAAAAUUGAGGAUUUAUACUAUUUUGUCUUUUUGUUAUUUAUGCUUUCAUUAAAGAAUUUUCACUCAAAA